AUGAGUUUAGAAUUACGAUGUUCGGAUCCCAAUCAGACAAAGCGAGACAUUCCCUCGUUUAUAGAGCCUAGACCUCCGUUAAUUUUAAAUCCUUUCAUGAGGCCUCGCCCUCAGAAAGGAACAAAUUUGAUGGAGCUGUUUGAUGAUUCCGAGAGUGAGGAUGCGGAUUGGGUGCAUGUGUAUUUGCGGCUAAAGCCUUGCAGUGUACGGAACAAUCUGUACGAAGUGAAAAAUGAGCGAUGUCUCGUAACUUCAGUGGAUACAGCUACAGCUGGCCAUGGGCGUCGAACGCAGCACAAUAUUUCAAAAAUGUACACGUUCUCUCAUAUAUUUCGAGCCGAAAGUACACAGAAAGAAAUCUUUGAACGUGUUGUCAAAGACAAUUUAAAAAAACUACCAGAAGGACAUAAUUUCACACUCCUCACCUACGGAGCAUCUGGGUCUGGCAAGACAUAUACCCUAAUGGGUACGGUGUCUGAACCAGGUCUGGUACCACGGUCGUUGGAGUAUGUCUUCAGGGUUGUUGAUGCUGCUCAACUACCAGCCUUUAAACCGUCAGAUGGAGGAGCUGAAAAACUGGGUUUACACCAACAGGACUAUGAGUUUCAGUUCGUAAAGAAACUCCGCCAGUUGUCAAUACCAACACGUGAUAAAUAUCGCCGCAUGAGCGCUCAGCUGCGAAACGACAUGACCAGCACGUGGGACCUGUCAAAUCGAACGCGUUAUUAUGUUUGGGUAUCUUUCAUAGAGAUCUACAAUGAAGCGAUAUAUGACUUGCUGACGAACUGUGACCGCAGCAAGGCGACAUCCAAAUUGCGCAUCCGGGAGGACUCUAGCGGGAAUGCCUAUGUGAAGGGGGCAACGCAAGCUUUUGUCCGGUCUGGCGAAGAGGCCUACGAUGUGAUGGUGGCAGGCAAACACAACCUGCAAGUAGCUGCGACCGGCGUACACGCAAACUCUUCUAGAUCGCAUUGCAUCUUCACUAUCACUAUGUUGACCGAGACUGAGAGCGGCGUACGCGCAGCGUGCGUGCGCCUGUGCGACCUGGCGGGGUCGGAGCGCGCGCGGCAGACGCGCAACACGGGCGCGCGCAUGCAGGAGUCGCGCGCCAUCAACUCGUCGCUGCACGUGCUGGAGCGCUGCCUGCACAUGCUGCGCCGCAAGCAGCGCCCGGGCGCCGACGCCACGCUCGUGCCCUACAGGUUUGUCUCAAUAGUAGUUUACAUUGGAGCUAAAUACACAAAUGCAGGCAUAGCACCUGAUGAAUUCCAACAACCAAACUUAAAUCUCAGUUAUGAUGGUAAACGAGAUCGUUGGAAUGGAUAUGACCCUUUGCAGCAUAAAGCUAUUAUUGAAGAGUAUCAAAAGGUUGAGGAAGCCAAGAGGGAAUUGAGAGCUAAAAAAUUAGAACAAGACCCUACAGCGACGGAAGAUGAUGAUAAUGCUGAUGAAGAUGAGGACAAAUAUGUAGAUGAAGUGGACAUGCCUGGUACAAAGGUUGACUCUAAACAACGGAUCACUGUGCGUAACUUACGUAUCAGAGAAGAUACUGCGAAAUAUCUCAGGAACCUAGAUCCGAAUUCAGCUUAUUACGAUCCUAAGACUCGAUCUAUGAGAGAUAAUCCUGACCCAGCUGCAGCAGAGUCAGAGUACGCGGGUGAGAACUUCGUACGCUUCACCGGAGACACGGUGUCGCAGGCGGCAGCACAGGUGUUCGCGUGGGAGGCGGCCGCCAGAGGGCUGGACGUGCAUCUCCUGGCCGAACCCACAAAAUUACAGAUGCUGCAAAGGCAGUAUCAAGAAAAGAAAGAUCACUUCAAGACUGAGAUGAAACAAUCAGUACUAGAGAAAUACGGAGGAGAAGAACACCUAAAGGUUCCGCCGAAAGAACUUCUGUUGGCCCAAACUGAAGUAUUCACGCGGUACAAUCGCGACGGCACUCUGGCUUCUGGCCCGGAGAAGCAGCUUGCAAAGAGUAAAUACGAAGAAGACGUGUUGAUAAAUAACCACACUUCAGUUUGGGGCUCUUAUUGGCGAGAUGGUCAAUGGGGUUUCAAAUGCUGCCACUCAUUCAUAAAGAUGUCGUAUUGCGUGGGCGAAGCCGGCAAAUCGGUGAUACUGGAUAUACCAGAACAGGCGGCUGCCUCGUCCAGCAAUACUAGAGAAAUUGUUGAGAAGAAAGAAAAAGAAAAACCGUCAAAGUCCUCAAAAUCAGACUCCUCGGAUUCCUCCUCAUCAUCGUCAUCGUCGUCAUCCAGCUCAGACAGCUCGUCGGAGUCUGAAGAAGACCAUCGCACGAAAACGGAAAAGACAAGUAAAAAGAAAAAGAACAAGAAGAAGGCUAAAAAGAAGAAGAAGAAGGAACUUAAGAAAGAAAAGAGAGAAGAUGAGAAGUUGAAAAAGGCUUUAGAAAUGGAAGUAAGGCAACAGAAGCGUGCAGAGCAUCUUAUAUCUAUAGAUGAGAGGAAACGACCAUACAACAGUAUGUACGAAGUAAAGGCGCCUACGGAAGAGGAAUUGGAAGCUUAUCAAAUGAAAAGAAAGCGAGACGAAGACCCUAUGGCCCAAUUUAUGACUAAAUAAAUUAUGUGAAAAUAUCUGUGUAGUUUGUAAAUAA